GCUUCAGAUAGAGCAAGCCCAAUACCAUUUACAGCUCUCUGGGAAUUGGGUUAGACUUGGAGAGCAUCUUGAGAGAGCAACAAUGGCUGUGUUCAUGGUGGUUCUUCUUGGGGUGGUAUUGGGAGUCUCUGUUUGCACAGCUUUGUUGAGAUGGAAUGAGAUCAGGUACAUGAAGAAAGGCUUGCCUCCUGGUACAAUGGGUUGGCCAGUUUUUGGAGAGACUACUGAGUUUCUUAAACAAGGUCCAAACUUCAUGAAAAACCAAAGGGAAAGGUAUGGGAGUUUUUUCAAAUCACACAUACUGGGAUGCCCCACCAUAGUAUCAAUGGACCCAGAAACAAACAGAUACAUACUCAUGAAUGAGUCAAGAGGCCUUGUACCUGGCUACCCACAGUCCAUGCUUGACAUCUUAGGCAAAUCCAACAUUGCUGCUGUUCAUGGCUCCACCCACAGGCACAUCCGAGCUGCUUUGCUUUCUCUCCUGUGCCCCUCCAUCAUCAGAUCCCAACUCUUGCCCAAACUUGAUGACUUCAUGAGGUGCCACCUCAGCAAUUGGGACAACACACUCAUUGACAUUCAACAAAAAACCAAAGAGAUGGCAUUUUUGUCGUCGCUUAACCAAAUUGUAAGUAUUGAAUGGGAGUCCAUGUCUGGGGAAUUCAUGCCUGAAUUCUUUAAGCUGGUGUUGGGAACCCUUUCUCUGCCCAUCAACCUUCCCGGUACAAAUUACCACCGCGGUUUCCAAGCAAGAAAGAACAUUGUUAGCAUGCUGAGACGACUCGUAGAGGAAAGAAGAGCUUGCCAAGAAAUCAAACAUGACAUGCUUGGUCUCCUAAUGAAUGGGGGUGAAGAAAACAGAUAUAAUCUAACAGAUGACGAGAUAAUUGAUCAAAUGAUAGCAAUUUUGUAUUCUGGAUACGAGACUGUUUCGACUACUUCUAUGAUGGCUGUCAAGUAUCUCCACGAUCAUCCCAACGUUCUUCAAGAACUCAGGAAAGAGCAUUUGGCGAUAACAGAAAGGAAAAGGGCAGAGGAUCCAAUCAACUGGAAUGAUUUCAAGUCGAUGAACUUUACACGUUCUGUGAUCUUUGAGACAUCAAGAUUAGCUACAAUUGUUAAUGGGGUUUUAAGGAAGACUACGCAAGACAUGGAACUGAAUGGGUUUGUCAUUCCCAAAGGAUGGAGAAUAUAUGUUUAUACAAGAGAGAACAAUUAUGACCCGUGUUUAUAUCCCGACCCAUUGGCCUUCAAUCCAUGGAGAUGGAUGGACAAAAGCUCGGAGUCGCAGAACUACUUCUUCAUGUUUGGAGGAGGCACUAGGCAGUGUCCGGGAAAGGAACUGGGAAUAGCUGAAAUUUCUACAUUCCUACAUUACUUUGUUACUAGAUACAGAUGGGAAGAAGUAGGGGGAGAUAAGCUAAUGAAAUUUCCAAGAGUUGAAGCACCAAAUGGGCUGCACAUUAGGGUCUCAAGUUUGUAACUGACCUUUUUUUGUUAUGUAAAAAAGUAGAGAUACAGCAUACCACAAUGGAGGACUUGUAGGGAUGUACAAUAAUGUUCUAACAGAAUAGAGAUUGAUUCAUUUUCCAUUUUGGCCAA